AUGACGACUGGACCAAAUCAAGUCCAACUGACAGUUACGCGAAAAUCCGAUGAUUCGACUGUUGUCUUAGUUGUUAAUGAAAAGAUAACUGUAGGUGAAUUAAAAACGGAAAUUCGAUCUCGCUUACCACCGAAAUUCGAUCAAGGUUGUCGACUUAUCUUUAAUGGGAAGGUAUUACGAAGUAAACGAAAGCUAAAACAUUAUGGUUUAACAAACAAUCAAGCGCCACCAAAUAUACUUGGCAAUUCAAAUAUAGUCAUGGAUGAUUCAAAAAAUUGGAAAUCCGACUCUUCAUCAUCGUCUUCCGAACAAUCUGAUUGA